CCUUGCAUCCUGCAGUAGAGUUCGCGAAGCUUCCCACAGACCCACUUGCGGGGCACGCACUCCCCUGCUCUGUGCCAGGCUCACGCUCAGCGCGUCACCCCAGAACCUCGUGAACAAACACCCUCCCGUGACGCCUGCAGCUCGGAGCACUACAAGCAGCCAUCACAUGCGAAACUGCCACCUGCCCGGGACCGGGCCCCGACCUGGGCGCGCCGGCCAGCAGCCUGCAGGGCAGACGAGCGACGCUGAGACGCGCGGGCGCGGGCGUGCUGGGGCCGCCGGAGGAAGCCACUACCGCUUCGGCCGCGCUCCCCAGCCCAGCCCAGCCUCUCACCCGCCCAGAAACUAAAACUCCCGGCGCGGCCCCGCGGGCGCCACCUGCGCCCAGUGCCGGCCCCAGGCGCGCUGCUCGCUCACAAGCCGCUGUGCACCUGCGCACCGACCUCUCCAAACCACCCCGCUCGGCCUGGCCUAAAACCCUCCUUCUCAACUCCUACACACGAACGCGGCCCUUUUUAUUUUUACUCCAUGAAUUUCAGACUCAACAGAUGAGCGAUUCCAGUUUAAAAGAACAGCUAAUGAGGCUCUUCGACUGAGAUUCGCAAGCUAUCCCGGGAGAUGCAGAAGGAAACCGACCACGGCGGGCUGGUCCGUGUCGCUCGGGGGCUCGCGGCCACUUCACGGAACCUGACUAAACCCACGCGGGCGUGGGCGCCGACCCGCGGGAAGCGGACGCCCCGGCCGGCUAGCCAAGGGGCGCCCCCAGGCCCCUCCGGCAGGUCUGGCCCCCGGGACUCCGGCCCGCAACCGCCGGUCCUCGCCGGGACGCUGCCCCGACCCCGCACGGCUCGGCCCCCGCCCCGCGCCCUCGGAAGCCAAGCCGAGUGCCCGCCGCGCCGGCCAGGCCGCGCGAAGCCGCCAGCGCCUGGAGCUGAGGCUGCGGAGCCGGCGCGCUGGCGCAGGAACAGGAAGCCGCGCGCGCCCCGGCGACGCCGCGCCGCGCGGCCCCGCGCCCGCUCCCGGCCGGCCCCGCGUCCCCGGCUCGGGCCCCGCUGCCUGCGGCCUCCCUACCCCAAGCCGCAGGCCCGUCGCCUCCUGCCCAGUACGAACUUCCCGCCGCUUUCGCCGACUCGCAACUCGGCGGCGGCGCCGGCCCCUCCGCACCCGGCAGUAUGGAGCCUUCCCAUUGGCUCUGGCGCCGGGGGAGGCGGGGCGAGCGUAGGUAUUCGUCGAUGAGCUGGGAGCCGAAGAAGUCAGUAUUGCCAGUGCUUGGAGUAGCUUCAUCCAUUAAUAUUGAAAAAGGGCCUUGUGAGUGCCUCCUGUCGCCCUCCACCCCCCGCCCGGAGGCCUUGUCCAGCGCUUGGCCCCAGGUCUAGCCCUUCCGCGUGAUGGACAUUGCACCUGAGGU